AUAUUCCGUUCAAUCAUGGUUCAGACGUGCAAAAUGGAUGUACAUGAAAACACCUACGGUAUGCUUCUUUUUGUACUUUGUUCAUUGUGCAACAAUUUAGGGAGUGGAGCUGGCACCAAACUCAAAGAAGAUAAAGUUGAACCUGACAGAGCUGAGGACGUUCCUCGACUGGAAGGUUUCCAAAAUGAGCAAGAAUUGUUUCAGAACAGAAGAAUCGUCAUCUUGGGACCUGCGGCUGGGAAAAGCAGCCUGGGUAACACCAUAUUUCAAGAGAGGCGUUUUAAGAUAGGCCACACUUUCAACUCUGAAACAAGACAAUGUCAAGUAGAAACCAAAUCUGUCAAUGAAAGAAGCAUCACUUUGAUCGACACUCCUGGUUUCUUUGACACAGAUAGAUCUGAGGAGGAGCUGAAGCCUGAGAUAGUGAGGUGUAUCACAGAGUGCGCUCCUGGGCCUCAUGCUUUUCUCAUUGUGCUUAAAGUGGAGAAAUUCACAGAGCAGGAACAGGCUGUCAUCACCAAAAUGUGCCAAUACUUUUCUGAAGAAGUCUUCAAAUAUGCAAUAGUUGUAUUUACUCAUGGUGACCAGCUCCCUGAAGGACAGAUAAUUGAGGAAUUUGUCUUCCAGAAUGAGUUCAUGAGUGAUCUGGUGGAGAAGUGUGGCCGCCGGUGCCAUGUCAUUGAUAAUAAAUACUGGAACCAAAACACAAAGGAUGAAUACAGGAACAACCAGUUUCAGGUGGAGGAGCUACUCAAGUCCAUAGACAAGAUAAUUGAGGCAAACAAAGGAAAUUGCUACACCAAUGACAUGCUACAAACAGUAGAGCAAGAAAUACAACAAGAGGAAGAGGUCAUUAGACAGUCAUCAGAAAACAUGUCAGAGAAAGAGAUCAGAGAGCAGGCCAGGUUCACCAUAUUACAGAAGCUUUUGAGCAGACUGGCAGAUUUUGCAACAGUUGCACUGUUUAACACUUAUUCAAUAAUAUCUGCUGUAGUAGGUGUGCUGAUAGAAAGUGUUACAGGACAUGAUGCAGAUGAGGUAGCAGAAACACCACAGGAAGCAGCAGAGGCUGAACAGAAUAAAUCAGAUCUGGGACAGACUGUGGUUGAUGGUUUUGUUUUUGUCUGACAAUCACUACCAAAGUUAAAAGAGUGUUCAAGGUCCAGUGUGUAACAUUUGGGAGGAUCUAUUGGCAUAGGAACAUUCAUAGGAACAGAAUGAGUCAUGCUGUUGCUGAUGCUGAUGCUUCCAUGGAGUUUUCCAUGUUGGACCGUCAUGUUUCUACAGUAGCCCAAAAUGGACAAACAAAACACUGGCUGUACAUACAGACUUUGAUGUUGUUCGCCAGUUUCACAGCUACUGUAGUUUCUCCUACACGCCUGUUCUCAUUCCCAGGUUGUCAAAUUCAGACACGAGUGGUGUUCAGUUAGUUGCAAUUUGCAACUUCACCACUAGGUACCACUACAUCCUACACACACGUCCAUUAAAACCUAUAAUAAGCUGAGACUCUUGAAGAAAGGGAAGGAAGUUAUCUUUAAAAUGCCAUAUUUCUCUGUAGAUCAAACAAAAAUCUUGUUAUAAAAAAUCAUUAACCAUUGAGAUUUUUAUGUUUACUAUAUAUAAAUAUAUAUUAAGUUGUACUUCUUGUCAGAGAUUUAAACUUAUUCCUGUGUCACACGCUAACCUAAGAGUCAGUUUGAUUUGUUGCCCAAUGUAACCACAAACCACAAAGAUCAAACAUGUUCAACAGUAUCCAAAGAUAAGAUUUUAAAGACUGAAAUCAAACCAGUGUACACUGCUUGCUGUAUCUCUGCUCUUAAAACAUUGAUCACUGUUCUCUGUUGCAAAAGUUAACCAGAAAAUAUCACUUAAUGUAUACAAACAUUGUAUCUACAAUAUAUUGAUGCUGGAAAUGUUCAAUAUCUUUGUGUUAGACAGGCUUCUGGUGCUCCUGCACUAUAUCUAUAUCAUUAAUUAUGAACUGUUAAUAAAGUGAAAUGUGUUGUUA